UCGUAGCGAACGGACGUGCAAAAAUUUCAGAGCGAAAAAACUGAAAAUUGACAAUGAAACGACGACUUUCAUCUGAGGAUUCCUGUACUGAAGGGAACAUAAUGGCAAAGAAACGAAAAACCAGACGAGGAAAGAAAGGCGGGAGGAAACAUAGUUCUCAUUCGUCUUCUGUCUCCUCAAAAGUUCCCCGAACUCAGUCGUGUGUUUCUGAUACAAACACCUCUUGCCACAACAGUGAAACUGCAGGCAAACUAUCAGUUGCUGAGGAAUACGCAUUAAUUUCUCAGGAGAUAUAUGAUUCAGAAACUGUUUGUGUAGUUUCUCAGACUGAGCUCUGUGCUGCAAACUCUCUUGACAACAAUGAGGUUGCAGGCGAUGCAAAUGUUGCAGCGGAGCUGCAACAAGACUUUCAAUCAGUUGAUGGUACAAUCAGUGAAAACAACAACGAUGCAUGCAUUCUCUCACAAACAGACAUUCUUGGAUUGUUGCAAGGAUUGAUCAACACGUACAACCUAGCAGAGGUGCCUCCACAGGAGCAACCUUUUCAUGUGGUGUCAGACGGUUCCUCCAUGUACUUGGUAGGCCCUCAAAAUCAGGUGUACAUGUCACUGGUACCAGCAGCUGGAAGUACUGCUACAACAGACUCUCAAAUGGUGUGCACUGUUCACGACAACCCUGACCAUUCUGAGCAGAACAAAGACAACACCAACUAUUCGUAUUAUGCGACUAUGGAUGUUGAUCGGAGAGAGGCUCAUCUACUGAAAUAUCCCUCUCAUCUGUUGGAGUGGUCUGAGCGUGUGAAAUUCAGACACGAGCGGAAGUGGAAAAUGCUAGACUUCAACGAGCCAGACUACAAAGAGUGGGAUUUUCUAUGAGCAGCACGAACCUUAAUGGGACAG